AUGAAAUACCUAUUCCUCCUCCCCCUCCUCCCCACCUCUCUCGCCCUUGCCACCCCCCUCAAACGCCUAACCCCCGAUCUCCACCCCCGCGCCGCACACUGGGGAACAAAGUCCUGGUCCGGUACUCAUACCAUCACCGUAACAACAACCCUAACCGUCACCGUCACCGCCUUCCCCACCGCCAACGGCACGUUCCCCAACAUCACUACCACCGAUGUGAGCGCGACGACCACCUCGAGCGAUGAUUUUGCGCCGAUCACAUUGAUCACGCUGCCUACCGAGGCGGCUGCGACUACGGGGUCGAACGAUGGUCUGGCGCCCUUUACGUUGAUUACGCUUCCUUCGGCUACAGAUGGAGGGGAUGCGGCUGCAGCGCCUACGCCGAAUGAUCUUGAGCCGAUUACUCUGAUUGAUAUUAGUGCUGUUACGCCUAUUUAG